AUGGCAGCCGGGGGCUGGCUGGCCCCCGCGGGGCUGCUGUGGCUCUGCCUGGCCCCGGCAGCGCUGCUGAGGCUGCGCCAGCCCCAGCCCGUCCUGGUUGUGGAGCCCGGGGAGCCGGUGCAGAUCGGCUGCGAGGCCAGCGAGGAUACGGAGAGUAGAGGCAAUGUGUUCUGGUACCGGCGCGGCGGCAGGGACGGACCCCAGCAGGUCCUGCAUUGCUGGAACGGGACAAAGGGGAGGUUCUCCUGCGAGUACGGGCGGCACAAAGUCACCCUGCACAUCGCCAACGCCAGCCCCGAGGACACCGGCAUCUACCUGUGUGCCUACGACAAUGGAAACCGCCUGGAUUUCGGCAAUGGCACUGCGCUGCUGGUGGGAGACAGCUGGACGGCUGCGAGCUGGGUGCGGGUGCUGGCACCCCGCAGGGACCCCUGGGACCCCCCCAGCCUGGUCUGUGCCGUGGGUGCCAGCGCCGGCCCCGUCCUUGUCUCCUGGCCGGGGGGGACCGGGGGGGUGCUGAGGCUGGGGGCCAGCGUGGAGCCGUUCCACAGCACCGUGGGCCUGGCCGAGGGGGCCGGGGGGCUCUGCAAGGUGCGCUUCAACGCCUCGGGGCCCCCCGUCCGCAGGAGCAUGGAGCUGCGUGAGGCCGCGGGCUGCUCCUUCCUGAGCACCAUCACCUGGGUCGUAGCCGGGGUCGGGGUGCUGCUGCUGCUCAGCCUCUGCCUCAGCGUCUGCCGCCUCCGCCGCCUCCGCCGCCCCACGCCGAUGGGCCACCAGCCCGGGACCCCGAUGCCACCAGCGUCGCAGGAGGUUGAGGAGGAGCUGAAGUACGCCCAGCUGAUCUUCGCCGCCCCGGCAGGGCCCCGGCCGGCGUUUUUCUGGCUGGUGUCGCUGCUCCUGGCGUCUCUGAUCUGGUUCGUUUCGGUUCAUCUCAGCGACCAGGAGGAUGCCAAGCUGCAGUACGGCCUCCUCAUCUUCGGGGCUGCCGUCUCCGUCCUGCUGCAGGAGGCUUUCCGAUUCGCCUACUUCAAGCUGCUGAAGAAAGCGGAUGAAGGCCUGGCGACGAUCAGCGAGGAUGGCCGGUCCCCCAUCUCCCUCAGGCAGAUGGCUUACGUCUCGGGCCUGUCCUUCGGCAUCAUCAGCGGCGUGUUUUCCGUCAUUAACAUCCUGGCAGACUCCAUCGGGCCGGGAAUCGUCGGGAUCCACGGGGACUCGCCGUACUACUUCAUCACGUCCGCGUUCCUCACCAUGGCCCUCGUCCUGCUCCACACCUUCUGGGGAGUGAUCUUCUUCGACGCCUGUGAAAAGCGCCGCUACUGGUGCCUGGGGCUGGUGGUUGCCAGUCACCUCCUCACCUCGGGGCUGACGUUCCUGAACCCCUGGUACGAGGCCAGCCUGGUCCCCAUCUUCAUCAUCACCCUCUGCACGGGCCUCUGGGCCUUCUUCACCGCCGGGGGCUCCUUCCGCAACAUCCUCAAGUGCCUCUCCUGUAAGGGGGGGCCGGGCAGGGAGGGGCGAUGGGGGGCGUCACCGCUGCGACGCGGGGGCUUUGCUGCGCUGCGGGUGCUUUUGGGGGCCGGGGCGGCCGGGCCAGCCGCAGCCCUGCCCGCUCGCGCUGCCUGCGCCACCCGCGCCGCCGCCGUACCCAAGUGCCCUCUUCUCGGCAGCUGGAAGAUCACGACGCUGCCUUUGCCUCUGCCGUUUGCUCCUCCGGUGCUGCCGCCCGGCCCAGCCCUGGCCCCUCUCUGUGGCACAGAGGCAGCUCCGUGCCCCGGCCCGCUCCGGAGGGGAUUUUUGGGGUACAACGGGUGCUCGUGGGCUCCCGGUUAG